GCAAGCAUGACAAAUCAAUGAACAGAGAGAGAGAGAGAGAGAAAGAGAGAGAAAGAGAAAGAGCGAAAGAGAGUGAGUGGGUGUGAAGGGAAACGUGGGCAGAAGAAAUGCUAAAAAGAAAAGGAAGAAAACACACCAUGGACAGUUUCAGACUCCUUUUCCAGCUGAUGGUGUCCUGUUUUUCCUGUGUUGGGAUUUGCAGUCAAUGACCUGGUGACCAGAAUGAGCAAUAAUACGUCCACAAAUAACACAUUCAACUCAGGACAUGGGUCUAUUGUGGCCAACAAUACUGCCACCACGAUGGGUGCCCUCAUCCUCAGCUUCGUCUUUCUCUUGGGUUUCCCUGGGAACCUUUUCAUCAUCUGGAGCGUGAUGGCACGAGCCCGAAAACGUUCCGUAACCACCCUCCUCAUCCUCAACCUAGCCAUUGCAGACGGCUCUCUGAUGGCUCUCACCCCGUUCUUCAUUGUCUACUUGGUCAGGAAGACCUGGAUUUUUGAGAAUAUAAUGUGUAAGAUCCUUUUCUACCUGUGUCUGGCCAACAUGUACGCCUCCAUUCAGCUCAUCAUGCUGAUGAGCAUCUACAGGCUGGUGGCAGUGGUGUGGCCUCAGCGCAUCGGUAUUAUCACCAGCCGCAAGAAAAUAUUGCGUGUGCUGGCUGUGGUGUGGGUUCUGGUUAUGAUCGCCUCCGUUCCUGCACUUAUCUUCAGAAAAGUGAAGAAAAAGGAUGAAGCCAUGGUUUGCGAUUCAUUCCACGAUGAGGACAGCCACGUUGUCCUGCAGUACAUGCUGGAGCUUGUGUUGGGCUUUUUAAUUCCCUACGGGGUCAUUGUGGUUAGCUACAUUUGCAUCUUGCGGAAGAUCCGGCAGACCAAAUUCCGCCGUAGGAUUCGUAGCGAGAAGCUGAUCCUGGCCAUCGUGGUGACCUUCUGCCUCUUCUGGCUGCCCUACCACAUCGUCAACAUGGUGCAAGUUGCAUGGGCUUUGACUCAAGAUGACAAAGCAAAAGCAAGGCUCGGUUUAAUAUGGCAGAAGAGUCGCGCCGUCACCGCCUCCAUAGCCUUCAUGAGUAGCUGUGCCAACCCGGUGCUCUACGUCUUCGCAGGAAAGUCCUACAUCCGACGAGAAGGGCUGGCCUUCAUGGCUCGUCUGUUUGAGGCCACAGGGAUCGACUCUGCAACAAGGAAGAGCCGGCAGAACAGCCAGAACAGCCGGGACAAAGACAAAGAGGCAGACAGCGUCAUGCUAAAAGAUAAAGAUCCUGAUUCUGCCACCAACUUGAGCCAUAAUGUCAAAGCAGUGAAGAAUGGUAAAUAGAGGACGAAUGAAGCUACGGGCCCAGUGGUGCUCUUCUACUUCCUGAACCAGCAGGGCUUUAAAUCUCUCCUCCAUCCAGUCACAAGUGACUUUGAUAUGUUUCGGUUCAAAAAUAUGUUCAGCUGAGGUGAUACUGCUACAAACUCUAAAAGGGAUGUGACUUGGCAUAGUGCUGCUGGAACAGCUUGCCGCCAAGGGACACUGGUAUAUUUUUGCUAAUGCUUAAGCCUCUCAACAGAUCAUCUGAACUAUAAAGAUAUGAACCUCGCCCAGCUCUGAAUGGAACACAGUUUGUCUUUAGAGAGUAUUAUCCAGGAUGUUGAGGUGGUGCUCUGUACAGGUUUAAUGGAUUUGCUUGUUGUUGUUUUUUUUUUUAAGAUUUGUCUUUUGUUACUUGUUUUGUUUUACUUGUAAAAGAAAAUGUUUGAGAAAGCUGAUACAUAAUGCUGUUGCUGUUAUAUAGUCGAGCUGCCAUGACUUGAGUAAGGCUGACAAACUAUUGAUAACAAUAUAUACUAUUAACAAAUGUGAGUCAGCAUACUCCCUCACUGUUGCUGUGAUGUUACGAUACGAUACGAUACGAUACGAUACGAUACGAUACGAUACGAUACGAUACGAUAUGAUACGAUACGAUACGAUACGACACGAUACAACACGACAGGACAUGACACGACAGGACACGACACGACACAAUACAACAUGGUACAACCUAUUUUUUUGUGAUGUCAUUUUAACACAACCCUGACAUAUACACAUAUUUUCUCAUAUUUUUGAGAGAACCUAUUUUGGAAUUUGCUUAAGCUGUAUAUUUGGCCACCAAGUUAAGGUUAAAUUAAAGGCAAGGUAUGUAAAACCUG